AUAGCUUCGAGCUCUAGUGGUGCUGCUAUAGGCUGAAUAGACCGAGUUUUUGGUGACCAAUAUUUGCGGCACCUUGCUGCUGCAUUCAGUUUAUUCCGAACACUCUCGUUUUAUUCGCACUCGGAAAGUGGACCGUGCAGGACGUGUUUGCUGGUAACGAAUCUACCGAAACUGUUCAGCCUUGUGUAUAUGCAGACAGCUCCUUUCCCUCCACCGACGCGAUCCAGGAAGUGAGAGUUUUGCAUGGAAUUGCAGUGACUGGUGAAUCGGAUUGCUCAUAACAAGUGUUGCUGGAGAGAACUGCACCGGUGCAUAUUUCCAACAGUGUGUUAUUAGAUUUGGUGGCUUACCCCGUUAAGCACUAUUAUUACUGUGGCAGCAGAGAAAACUAGUUUGAGCAGCGGCGUUCGUGAGACACGUAGCGCAACCCAGACUUCCGAUCGCAAGACGCCAAGAAAACGAAAGGAGCGGACAUGACACAAGUGGUUUACAUCGGUGGUGUUGAAGGUGGUGCCACGCACUCCAAACUGGUGAUAUGUGACCCGUCCGGGAAGGUGGUGGCAUCCGCCAAAGGUCCCAGCACCAACCACUGGAUGGUCGGUAUACCAGAGGUGGCCAAACGAAUCAACAGUAUGGCACGGGAAGCCAAAGCCCAGGCAAACAUCCCUGAGCACCAUCGACUGGUGGCAAUGGGACUGUGCUUGAGCGGAGCCGAACAGGAUGCCACCAACAAGGAGCUGGAAAACCACUUGAAGACACACUACCCGGAUGUGGCAGAUUAUUACACGGUUGGGAGCGACACAAUCGGUAGUAUUGCAACCGCUUCGAAUGUGGGAGGCAUGGUCAUCAUUUCGGGAACGGGGUCCAACACGUUGCUGCGGAAUCCUGAUGGUAGUACGUAUGGCUGCGGCGGAUGGGGUCACAUGAUUGGCGACGAAGGGAGUGCAUGGUGGAUUUCAAAAAACGCAAUCAAAAUCGUUUUCGACCACGAGGACAACCUUCGUCGAAGCAAGUUGUGCGUAGAGCGAGUAUGGGAGCUAAUUCGCGAACACUUUGGAGUUGAGACCCGAUCGGACCUACUGGACUAUUGUUAUGCCAAAUUUUGCAAAACCACCUUUUCCGGACUGUGUGCCAAACUUGCCAAAUGUGCCCGCGAAGAGGCGGAUCCGUUGUGCACAAAAUUAUUCGACGAUGCUGGCGCGGAGCUUGCCCGAUCGGUUUGUGCUCUAUCGCCCCGAAUCAGCCCGACGCUGAUCAGCAAAUGCGGCAAAUUGGACAUCGUGUGCGUUGGAUCGGUGUGGCUUAGCUGGGAACUGCUGGAACCGGGAUUCACCAGGGAAUUGGAGAGUUCCAAAUUUAAAUAUGAUCUAAACCUGUUGAAGUUGACCAACACCAUGGCGUUGGGUGCGGCUUACUUGGCUGCGGAUACCUUAAAACUGGAACUGCCGAGAGAUUAUUCCAAAAACUACGAGGUAUUCUACGGUCAUCGGGCGACUGUCAAUGGCAGCACGAAUGGAAGCAGCAAUGGAACGAAUGGCACCACAAAUGGGACCAAGAAUGGGGUGACGAACGGUACGAAAAAUGGAGCAGUUAAUGGAUCGAAUGGUACGGCCAAGAAUGGGACGAAUGGUACCACCAAUGGCACUAACGGCAACUGAAUUUAGCUUCCUUGUCCUUGAUCUGCUAGCGGGUUGCAAAGCCGCGUACUAUUAUCAUACUAAGUGUACCCUGAGAACUGAGAUUUUUACGUAGGCACCAAUUUUAUCGUUAGGUUAUUUCACUGAAUAAGCACAUCGCUGUAUAAUAGAAUUGUUGUAAAAAAUAUAUAUUUCACAGGCAGUGUAACAAAAUAUACAAUUCUGUGUUUUAUAAUUAAAAUAAAUUAUAUGAUGCGUCAGAACAA